UUGUUCGAUUUUGCUUUGGAAAUUAGUAUAUAUGAAGUUCUAUUGGAGGACUUAAGUUGUAGUUUUCCGUUUUACCACUUUGACAUAUCAAAAAUAUUAUUCUGUCAUUUUUCUUGAUCAAACCCGUUCUUCCCUCUCCUCCCAAUUUCUCUACAUGAUCCCUCUUGUCUGUCCCUCAUCUAAGUUAAUUAACCGAAAAUCUAAUAUCAAUCUUCCUCAUUUCAUAAGCUUUCAUUUAAGGUCUUGAUAUUUGACUUUAGGAGUUGCUUAAAGAAUACCUAGCUUGGUUAAUCUUUGUUGGGGGAUUGGAUGCUUGACUGAAAAUUUGAGUUUCUAAGAGUUUCAAUUUGAUCAUCUAAAAGAUGCCUCAUAUAAAUUGUUGCAGCAAAUAAGUUCCAGAGUCUGUUCUUACUUGGUUCUAUUUUUAUCGGUGAAAUGUUGGCAGUACUACUAAGAGGAUAGUAAGAUUUUAUGAUUGUAUAUUAUACACUCAAUGGGUUUUGUAUUUUGGAUUUAUUUAAAUUCAGAGGUUUGUUAAGGAGAGAUGCUCCUUCAAUAUUUUAUGUUGGUAAUGUGGGUUUGAGGAUUAACCUCCCCUUAGAUUUAAUGGGUUAUUUAUUAUUGGUUCAGGUUGAUUAGAGUUUAGUUUAGGCUUGAUACAAGCUGGGUAGCUUAAUGCAUCUCCCAAUUCCUAGUGCUAGUCAUGAUCUAGGGUUCGGCCAUGACAAUUAUCCAACUGCUCCGCAAAUUCCGAUGGACCUGUUCAUCUCAAAGAAGCAUCCAGACCUCGCACAUGGUGAACUUGGGUUCGCUGAUUCCUCGGGGAAUUUAGUCUUCAGGACUAAAUAUAUUUCUUCUAAAAGAUGUUCAUCUAGUAAGUGGGUAAUUCUUGAUAAGUCAAGAAAUCCCAUUAUAUCUAUAUAUCGUCAAAAGAAUGGAUAUUGGCAUGGCUUUAAGGGCGAUAGUGAAGGGGAGAACCAAAUGACAUUUAAAGUGCAAAGAACUUUGAAUAAGAUAUUUAGGACCGAGUUAGAGGUCUUUCUUGUCAAAGAGAAUUCAGGAGAAUCAGCUUCUGACUUCAAGAUCAAAGGUUGUGCCUUUCAAAGAUCAUGCAUUAUCUAUGGAGGCGAUGCCAUUGUAGCCCAGACCAGUCUGAUGCACAAGCUUCACCAGAUUUUUGUUCGAAGAAGUAGUUUUCGACUAACCAUAUUUCCUGGAUGCAUGGAUCAUGGGCUUAUUGUGGCUUUGCUUGUGAUUUUUUUAUAUGGAUAAAAGGAAUUGAAACAAAGACAAUUCAUAGUUAUCCAUUUGUUGCAUGGUCAGUUUUUCGUUUUUAAGACAAAAAUGAAAUAAUGUCAAAUUCAUAUACAGAAACAUUACAUUAGUGUUUUCUUUGAUCAUUCUUGAUAGAAGUACAUUAUUGUUAUGGUGAAUCUGAAAACCCGAAGCAGAACUCGAAACUGAGUAAAUCUCAGUUCGCUUCUGUAUUUUCUAAAAUAUUUUGGUUAUACAUAAUUGAUUGAUGUUUCA